UGCUGGAGAAUUAUGGAAGGAAUUAAAUGAGAGGUUUGGACAGUCCAAUGGACCUUUGAUCUAUCAACUGAAGAAGGAAAUUGAUAGUUUAAAACAGGAGAAUAUGACUAUUGUUACCUAUUAUGGUAAGUUGAAGAAGCUGUGGGAAGAAAUGCAGAGUUUGAGGGAAUUUCCUACUUGUGUUUGUGGUGCUUUGAACAGCUGUAGUUGCCAAAUCUUGAAGAAAAUAGCUGAGUUUGAAGAAGAAGAUAGAAUGAUGAAGUUUUUGUUAGGGUUAAAUGGAGGAUUUGAAGGAACUGUGACAAAUGUGCUAUCCAUGGAUCCUUUACCAAGUAUAAACAGAGUUUUUGCUAUCACUCAACAAAUAGAGAAGCAGAAAGAAGUCAGUGGUGCAGCUGUUGAGGCUAGUGCUAUGAGUAGCAGUGCUAUGGCUGCUCAAUCAUACAAAGGUGAUCAAUCUCAGAGGUUUGCUGGUGUAAAGAAAGACUGGAAAGAAAUAAAGAAAGAAAAAAUGCACAAGAUAUGUUGAUGUUUCAAGCUCAUAGGCUAUCCUGAAUGGUACAACACAAUUAAGGCUUUAAAAGGAUCACAGUAUCAAGCAAAUGGAAGCAGACUUGUUGCUAAUGUAAACUCAGCUGCUGAUGUUGGAGAUAAUCCUCUUGAUGAUCAGUUGAAUGGUUCUGCUGGUUCUGUGAACAAUGAAAUGAUCAAUGCAAUUUGCCAAGAGGUUUUGAAAGCAAUGAAAGGCAAGCAAGUUCAGUAUGGUGAUACUUCUGGAGUUUCUGGUUCUUAUGCAAACUAUGCAGGACCCUUCUAGUUCAGCUAUGCUUGGUGCUGGAAACAAGACUCAAGGUCUUUACUACUUUGCUAAACACACAGAUCUUCAAGAUCUUAAGUGUAGUGGAAACACAGCUGCUACUGUAGUACAGGAUGAUAAUGCUCAUGUAAAUACUGGUGUGUUGCCAAAUAAGACUGCUACUAGUAUGUUUCAGUCCAAAAUGGACAAUAGGAAUAAAUUAGAUCUUUUACAUGCCAGAUUAGGACACCCUUCUCUGUCAAAAAUGAAG